GUAAUCCUACAGGACUGUCGACCUCGUCCUCCAGCCCGGAACUAAGCAGAAACGGACCAAGCGAAGCUGAUUUCGACAACACAGACAAACCCAUAACCAUGCCUCCUGCAUUUUUCCCGUCUGAUUCUGAUUCUAGUGACGAUGAUGAAUGUAGUGAGCCAGGAUGCCAGUUCUGCUGUUCAGUGAUGAGCCCAAGCAAUACUCAUAAGAGUGAUUCCUCACCACCAGAUUCCUCUGGAAUGAGCUAUAGCAGCAGCGCAGAUGAAGUGGCUCCAACUGAACCUCAAGUUCAACGCAAAAGGGAGAAGCGAGGUCUCACCAUGGACAACAAUAUAUUACCAAGUUUGUCUGUUUCCAGUAUUAUGGUUGAAGGGCUAAACGUCAUGAACCACACAAAGUGUGGGUCUGAUGGAAACUGCUCCUACAACAUUAGAGUUCCGCAGUUCGUCCCUCUCAAAAGUCUCCUGCUUGACAUAAACACGACGUUCUCAGUCAGAGUGUGGAAAUGUUCGCCGUUGUUAGAGGAAACAUGUCCAGGAGCGGAAGAGGGUGAACCAGAGGAUAAUGAGUUCAGUGAGGGUAUGGUACACAGAUGGAGUAUACCUGUGGGAGUCUACGCCAAAUCUACGUUUCGAUUUCGCGUUACUACAUCCCAGGAGGAGGGUAUAUGUGGCACCAGCAAGCGAUUGGGGACCGACUUCAGCCAGUACAACUUAUAUUUUGUCAGAAACAGAGUUUGUCAUUAAUAAAAACAUGUACUGCGGCUAGCACAACGGCAAAAGCAUUGACAUCUGUAUACACGCGCAUGACGUCGGGAGCACACAACAGCGCCCUCGCUCCGAGCUGGGUUUUGAGUAGACUGGUCCCCUGUCUUUAUCCGCAAGGAUAAAGACAGGUACUUGCUUUUCAGAACCAGUAGGAUACAAUGAUGUCAUUGGAUAAACGUGCAGUGACGCAAGCUUUCCAUAUCUGUGUUUGAUUGUGUUGAGGUGAUGUGACCGCCGUUUGCAAACAUCACCUCGGA